AUGCAGCUCGUCGCUGUGGCCUCAAUUGGGCUGGCAUGGACAGUCGCCGCACGGCUCGUCGAGACGGACAAGUGCACUGCCAUCUUGAUCGGUGCCAAGGCGUCCAAGACAGGGUCCCCAAUGACCACUCAAACCAACGAUUGCUCGUCGUGCGACUUCCGCAUCGCCAAAGUGCCUGCCAAGAAGUAUGCGCCUGGCUCGAAGCGAGACGUCGUGCUCGUGAGCUCAGUUUACCCUCGCUACGUGGGCACGGACCGGGGCGCCCCAGAAUAUUUCAAGGAAAACUUGCUAAAAGACUUUUACAACUGGACGGACACCAGAGGCAUCGGCCAAAUCCCCCAAGUUGAAACUACGUAUGGGUACAUCGACGGCGUGUACCCCAUUAUGAACGAACAUCAACUCGCGAUCGGCGAGAGCACGUGCCCCGCUCGCAUCGACAAGUGGAUCGCCCAUGACGACCCACACGGCUGA